CCUGCGCAAGAUAAUCAAGGAUCGUUCCUUGGCCGGAUUAGUAUCCGUCGCAAUCAAUUCGUCGACGUCAAUAACGAACAAGAGCAAGAAGAUCUCGAGCUUUUCCAAAAACACAUCGCCGAUCGUUUUACCGAGCUUCUCUCUCCUCCUCCACAACAACAACCUCCGUCCGAUGAAGCGAACACGGUUGCUUCCGUAGCCGCGACGGAGCAGAUUAUGUCCGUGACUUGGCUUCGUAAGCUAAUGGAUGUUUUCCUCUGUUGCGAAGCCGAAUUCAAAGCGAUACUGUUAAUGGGUCGUGACCCGACCCAGAUUUCUAAACCGCCAUUCGACCGGUUAGUUCCGGAAAUGUUAGAGCGGUCGAUUAAAGCGCUUGACAUCUGUACCGCCGUAGUUAACGGAAUCGAUUCCGUUAGACAUUACCAGCGCUUAGCUGAGAUCGCCGUGGCGGCGUUCGAACAACGUCCGUUAGGGGACGGUAACGUGAGACGAGGGAGACGCGCGUUGGCGAAUCUCGUCGUCGCGUUGAGUCUCGAGGACAAAGAGAACGUAAGCGGCGGCGGAGGUGGUGGUGGCGGAGGGAACAAGACGGCGGAGAGAUCGUGGUCGUUUGGUCGUCGUAGCGGCGGAUCUUCGGCGGCGAGUAAAGGAGGAGCGACGAUUGGACAGCUAAAAUCGUCGUCGUGGGCUGUCGGGAGGAAUUGGUCGGCGGCGAAGCAGAUCCACGCGAUGACGGCGAAUCUGACGCCGCCGCGUGGGAACGAAGCGGCGGGAUUGCCUCAGCCUAUGUUUAUAAUGAGCACGGUGAUGGUUUUCGUGAUGUGGGUUUUAACGGCGGCGGUUCCGUGUCAGGAGAGAUCCGGAUUAGCGAAUCAUUUGCCUGUGCCGCCGAAACAUUUAAAUUGGGCUCAGAGUUUGAUCGGAAUUCACGAGAAGAUCGGAGACGAGUGGAAGAAGAAAGAGAAGAAAGGAUCUGCGGGAUUAAUGGAGGAGAUGACGAGGAUGGAGAAGCUUGGUCACUCGUUGAUUGAAUUCGCCGAUGCAUUUCGUUACCCGGCGGAGAAAGAUGCUGCUGAAUCAGCGGCGGCGCAGGUGGCGGAGAUGGCGGAGAUAUGCCGGAGAAUGGAAGAGGAGCUUGUGCCGUUGCAGCAACAGAUCAGAGAGGUUUUCCACAGGAUCGUGAGGAGUCGUGCGGAGAUUCUGGAGGUGUUGGAUCAAGCCGUUCGAAGAGUCAUGGCGUUAGCAUCAUCCACGUUGCCAACGAAGACCGGAUUGUCUCUCUGGUGUCCGACUUCUCCAUCUCUCGCUCGCCGUUUCCCCGCUCGCUUUUCUCCGAUCGGUUCCAGAAUCGCUUCCAGAGGCCUCGUCACUGCUUCGUUCGCUAACGAGAAUCGCGAGUUUGUGAUAAUUGGCGGAGGAAAUGCUGCGGGUUAUGCCGCUAGGACUUUCGUAGAAAAUGGAAUGGCAGAUGGUCGCCUCUGCAUUGUGACCAAAGAGGCUUACGCACCUUAUGAGAGACCGGCUUUGACGAAAGCUUACUUGUUCCCUCCAGAGAAGAAGCCUGCUCGUUUACCAGGGUUUCAUACUUGUGUUGGAGGUGGUGGAGAAAGGCAAACACCAGAUUGGUACAAGGAGAAAGGGAUUGAGAUGAUAUAUGAAGAUCCGGUGACUGGAGCUGAUUUUGAAAAGCAAACCCUCACAACAACCACAGGGAAGCAGUUAAAAUAUGGAUCCCUAAUUAUCGCGACAGGGUGUACAGCCUCAAGGUUCCCUGAUAAAAUUGGUGGGAACUUGCCUGGAGUUCACUAUAUUCGGGAGGUUGCAGAUGCUGAUUCACUGAUAUCAUCUCUGGGAAAAGCAAAGAAAGUUGUCAUCGUUGGUGGCGGCUACAUUGGCAUGGAGGUUGCUGCUGCAGCUGUUGCAUGGAAUCUAGAUACAACGAUUGUAUUCCCCGAAGAUCAUCUAUUGCAAAGAUUGUUCACUCCCUCACUUGCUCAGAAAUACGAAGAACUAUACCGUCAAAAUGGUGUUAAGUUUGUCAAGGGCGCUUCCAUAAAUAACUUAGAAGCAGGUUCGGAUGGGCGUGUAUCAGCUGUUAAGCUUGCUGAUGGGUCUACCAUUGAGGCAGACACGGUUGUGAUCGGAAUUGGAGCUAAGCCUGCUAUUGGCCCCUUUGAAACUUUGGCCAUGAACAAAUCUAUUGGAGGAAUUCAGGUCGAUGGCUUGUUCAGGACAAGCACACCUGGAAUUUUUGCUAUUGGAGAUGUCGCAGCCUUCCCUUUGAAGAUAUAUGAUCGUAUGACCCGAGUUGAACAUGUCGAUCACGCACGCCGUUCUGCACAACACUGUGUGAAGUCGCUGCUCACCGCACACACUGACACGUACGAUUAUCUCCCGUAUUUCUAUUCAAGAGUAUUCGAGUAUGAAGGCAGCUCAAGAAAAGUUUGGUGGCAGUUUUUCGGGGAUAAUGUGGGAGAAGCAGUUGAGGUUGGGAACUUCGACCCGAAAAUCGCUACCUUCUGGAUUGAUUCUGGCAGGUUGAAAGGUGUUCUUGUAGAAAGCGGUUCUCCAGAGGAGUUUCAGCUACUCCCAAAGCUAGCAAGAAGCCAACCAAUUGUGGAUAAGGCUAAACUCGCCAGCGCUUCUUCAGUGGAAGAAGCUCUCGAGAUUGCUCAAGCCGCUCUACAGAGUUAAGAGAGUUGAUGGAUUUUUAGCUUUUGGGUCGACUGUUGAGAGAAAGUAAGCAACAUCUUUUAUUCUCGGUGAGAGUAAUUUAUAGAGCACUCUUGUCAAAUAAUCUGCACGAAUAAGUCAUUGCCUCUUUUUGAGAAAACCAUACUGUAUUUUGUGCUCAUUACAGAGCUUCUUCCUCGUUAAUCUCAUAUGGUCUUGGCAUAGAGGAUUAAAAAAUCAUUUGUAAUGUUGUAUAAUCGUAAAUACUUCCGACUCAAUUGCAAAUUAUAUAAAUCACACGCACAAAAUAUACCUAAAAACAAUGAUUGAGAAUAUUCAGGCAUAGACAGGAGCAGCAUAUAACAAGUUAAGGUCUUUCCAGAAGUCUGAUGAGGCAGGGCUUUCCAGAAGAUGACGAUCCUCUCAGCAGAGUAGAUGCAGAGUUUGAUGAUAUCAUAACCAGAGUGUCGCUGCUGCAGCUCCUCCAAGCCCUUCACUUCCUUCCAAUCCAACUCACAUGGCAAACGCCACAGUAUCCUCCCGCCGGUACCACGGCAGAACAAUACCUGAUCAAAGUAAAGCCAGUGGUUUCUGUACUCCGGGUUCGACUCUGUUUCUCCGUCCGCCACAAACAUGCGUUUACUCGGUGAGAAGGAAAAGAACUGACCAUCCUCAUCCACAGCGUAAACCUGCUCCUCCUCCUCCUCCAUCACCACCACGCUUUGCUGGAUCUUGAGGGGCGUCUUGGACGUAGACACAGACAGCAACUCCCAAGUUUCGGUCUCGAAAUCAAACACCUCAGCCCAGUUUGAGGAAUCGGCGACAUCGUCCCCGCACCCUCCAAACACGUAUAUCUUCCCGUCAACAAGGCUCGCCGAUGCACCGGAUCGAGCCAUCUUCAUGGGCGAAACGGGGUACAACGUGUGGUCGAUACAGUCGAAAAACCAGACUUCCGAUGUGGGUUUGCCGUCCACGAGUCCACCCAUAGAACAGAUCCCCCAGUCCGUAAACACGAAACAGGAUCCUGCUUCCGGGACCGGAACCAAGCUCGAGUGGACCGGUUUCAGCCGACGUUGCAUGGGGUGGAGGAUGAACCACCGUGGGAUUGGAUCUGGGUACAGGUGCAUAAACACGUACAGAUAUGGGUCGCAGGUACCCACCAGAUAUCUCAAGUCCCUGAGAGCAGGGGUCGCUGCGGCAUACCGUUGUCUCCUCGAGACGAUACCUAAGGCCAUGAGGUCUAAUCUCGACACAUUGGCCAGGAUGUUCACGACCAGCUCAUCUGGCAACGACGAGAACCCACACACCUCCGUCUCGGUCGUGCUCGUCUUCAGUUCCAAUUCACUACACAUCUUCUCUGAAUGCAUGAUUUGUGUAAACAAUAGUGUAUAUCUUCUAGUAUUAUUUAUAUAUACAAGUGUCGUCUAGUUAAAAGGAAACAACACAAUACUGCUUGAAAAAGGAAAAAAAGGAAGAAAGGAAACAAGCGGUUUAGGACGGUUCAAUUACAAAAUCUAGUUUUAAAACCAAAAUACAGUUGACGAGUAAAUCCAUUUAACAAUUGAAUUGGGAUUUUGGGAUAUAUCAAAAAGUGAAAUGCAAGAUUAAUUUUUAAAAAAUGUAUUUUUCGGAG